AUGCACUGCUGCGCAGCAUUUCAGGGCAGCUGCCGGCACACUUGGCCUGAGCUGUCCUUUGGAUUCCUACUGGCCCACGGGGGCGGCUGGAGCCCCGGAGCCUUGGGGGAGCUGCGAGGUCUGCCGGGAUUUCAGAAGACCCUUGCCGCAGCAGCCGUUGGCAAGGCGUCUUGUGUUUGCAAGACCAAAAGCGAGGAUGAUUUGGACUUCCAGGAGACCCAAGACGGCAACUGCGGCUGCCAGGACUCCUUCUUCUGGAACGAGGCUGAGUCCAGAUGCCAGGCAUGCACGGAUGGGCAGAACUGCCAGUGGAACAACGUCUUCGCGAACAGCUUGCACCCGCCUGAGCUCCAACCCGGCUUUUGGGCAGAGCCAGCAGCCGAGCCCUUCAGAGGCCACUCGGUGUACAGGUGCUUCAACACCAUCACCUGCCCUUCCACCAACAGUGCUUGUGCCCCGGGCCGCCACGGCAAAGCUUGCAGCCUGUGCCUCCCUGGCCACUUCGGAUCGCACGACGAGCCCUGCAGCAGCUGCGGCGACACGACAUUUGGAGACAACCGCUUGUUCUUCGCUGCUUUUGCGAUCCCGGGAGUGCUGUGCGUCACUCUGCUCGCACACAUCCUGUUCCAGCUCACUUCGGGGCACAGUUCAUGUGCCUCGCUGGGAGCCUCCCACUUCCGCCAGAACUUCCGCUGCAUGCAGCUGAUCAGCGUAGUGUCAUUCUUUGGUGUCUACUGGCCGACCAUACUUACUUCCCUUUGGGAUGCGAUCCGUGCGUUGACAUCAGAUUUGGUGCGUAUCCCGAGCUUGGGCUGCAUGCUGCCUCACACGCCCUUCGCUGAAAUGAUAUGCACCUACGCAAUUCCGAUUGUUUUGAUUUUGUCUGCGCUUGCUUGGCCCUUGCUUAACUGGUUGCUGCGAGAGACGUUGAGCAAAGUCGGCCCUAGUUCGGCGAACAUAAACGGGAAAUGGGCGGUGAAGAUGCUGGACGUGCUGAAGAUGGUUGUUUGGGUGUCUGCGCUCUUUUUCAACACCUUGAUUCAGAAAGGCUUCUUGGUCUUUACCUGCGUACGGAGCCCCAACGGAGUUCAAACCGUGGUGGUCUACCCUCAAGUCGAGUGCCCCAGUGGCACCUCGGCUCCAAGUUCCGAGUGGCUGGAGUUGCUUCCCUUCGCGAUCGUGUAUUGUGCCGUGGUCGGCUUCGGCCUGGUCGGGGCUGUGACCCAUGGUGCAAGGCAGAUGACGCGAUGCAUGGUGGCAUCCAAGAUGCAAGACCGAGGGCCUUGGGAUUUCCUGGCUACGGAAUACAGAGAUGCCUACGUCUGGUGGCUGGCAGUGGUGCUGCUCAAAGAUUUGUCGGUGAACAUUGGUGCAGCAGUUUUCACAAGCAUUGGGUCCUGGCAGCUUCUC